CGUGUUUUCAUAAUUCCGUUCAAGCAAAUCAACCUCAAAAUACGAUGUGGUUACUAUUUGAGUAAACUAUUAAUUGUUGGUAUAUAUCGUGCCAUCUCUCCGUAUAGCACUUGGGGAUCUACACAAAUACAUACUUACCUAUCUACCUAAGGUAUACGUGGGUAGGUACCUAACCAUAGGUACCUCUACACAUAUAUCACGUGAUAUUCUCCCCAGCCACCGGGGGAGGGGCUGGUGAGGGGGGGAUGAAAAAGAUCAGCCACCAGCCGCCAUCUGCCAUCUGAUCUGCCCACUCACUUUAACCACCCGGUCCCAUUUCGUUUUCCCCCCAUCACCGUUUGAAACUGGCCUUCAACUUGCCGUACUGACCCCGUCGGCCCCCAUCCUCACAUUCCCGCUCUACCGUAUCUGACCACAGCAAUCCCGGGGCUUGCGAGCUGCCCACAUCCAUGCAUACAUCCUCCCGACCGCUAAGGAUAUCCAAACAUCCCGCUUGGCGGCGAUAAGUACGGCAAAAUAGCGAAUUCCCAUCGCCAGUCUUUCCAUCCCAGCUGGGUCGGGUCGGCCCGUCCAAUCAGCUCGGCGUCGCCCAGUACAUGUCCUCUUCCAACUCGCCAGGCAUCAUUGCUGCCGUCGUUACCAACACCGCCGCCGCCAUCCCCGCCACCGCCUCUCCUGCUAUCCCGACUUAUUCUACCCCGACCUCGAAUCCGCGGGCCAGAUCCACUUGCCCGUGCUCACCAUGUCGGACGACGGCGUCGAGGUCACGGCGUCGCGCUCCCGGCGCAAUGCCGACAGACGAACCCCGCGGUUCAGCUGGAACCUAGCCUACGAAGAGACCUUCUUCCGGUCGCUGUGCGAGUCGAUGCAGAUGGGCUUUAAGGAGAAUCACAGCUUCAAGUCCGGUGCGUGGGAGCGCGCGGCCAUUGCCCUCCGCGACAAGCACGGCGCGUAUCCCGAGAAGAGCCACCUGAUCAACAAGGCCGACAACGCGCGCAAGAAGUUUCGCAUGUGGAGGGGACUGCGGGAGGACCCCGAGUUCCUGUACAACCCGAGUUCUAGGAUGGUCACGGCAAGCGAGGAGGCGUGGAGGAGGCACUUCGAAAAGGAGCCGCUGUCGAAAGCGCUGAGAGGCCGGCCAUUCGACCACGAAGAGUAUAUGGAGAUUCUGUUUCCCGACGUCGUCGGCUCCGGCGGUGCUCCUAAGCGUAUCAUGAAACCGAGGCGUAGGAACCUCGAUGGCAGUCUGGGAGGCAGACCGAGUAACGCCGACUCGGUCACCAUCGACCCCACGCUCGACUCGAGCAUGUACACGCAAACGCCCACGCAGACCCCGCAGCAACCGCAACCAGCUGCCCAGUUACCGACGCCCACGCCUUCGCAGCCGAUGCAGAGGCUCUCGACGACCACCAUCCCCCCUCGCACGUCGGUAAAUGCCAACCCAGCUGCGCUUACGCCGCCGGACGAGCACACCCCCAACCCGCAAUCCCAGAAACGGCCACAAGCCAACUCGAGUCCGAGCUACCCGGAGAAGCGGCGAGGCAGGCCGUCGCGGUUUUCGGCCAACUUCUACACGCAGCAGCCCACCAGCUCGCCGAGCAACUCGUCCGUCCUCCCGCCCACGGCCGUUCCUUCGGCGCCGCACGGCAUUCACAACUCCUUCAACCCCGCCGGACUCGUCGAGGACGGCAUCUUAUCUCUAGCCGAGGCCCUCAAGACGCGCAGCCCGCCCAAAUGGCCGGAGCAGGCGGUGGAUAUUUUCUUCCGCGACUUCGCCGACGAGGAUGCUGACCUGCAGCUCAAGAUUGCUGAGAAGGCUCUGACGGACGAGAACAAGGCCAUGGUCUUUGUCAAGAUGACACCACUGCUGCGGCGGCACUGGGUAGGCCGGCUAAGAGAAGUCCACAUGCGAAACCAAGGCGGUGGAGGGUUGGGACGAGUCGGCGAGGAGGCUCCUUAAAAAAAAGAAAGGAUAAGCGAAGACGAAAGAAAGGGAAACGUCAGAGAAAAAAAAAAUUAAUCAUUCUGGACCAUACAAAACUCCAUCCUGGAGACGGCGCGACUCAGCAGACGGAGUUUGGAGUAGGGGGGUUACUUGACGGCAGCACAGACGCUGCAGAGAGCGUAUUAUAUUGGCAAAGCCUAAGCGGGAGUUGGGACCCUUGAGGGUUUUUGUCCCGAGGCGUAACGUUGCUGGCUCGAAGCUAACAUGACUCUGUAUUGUUUUGAAGGCACUUGGUAAUCAUCGUGACCCCACCUCCUCGAUAGCGGGCUCAGCUUACGAAAGUGGCGUCCCGCUGGCGGAGUUGCUAGCGGAGUUGCUGGCGGGGUUGUAGUCGGCGACAGGGACAGGUUGCUCCUCCGAGCACGAGGACACCUCCCUGUCCUAUGAACGAAGUUGUCAACGCUGUCGUCUUGCUGUCGUCGGACAACCUUGAUCGGAUUGCAGACUAAACCUCUCAAUACAAGCAUUAUGUCGCUUUAGUAUAUGUAUGGCUCUGUUCUAUAACGCGUAUGUACGUAGGUAUGUACCCCCGGAGAGCCUCCCCAAAUAUGUACACACCUCCUAAGCUGCUAUAUAGUUAUGUAGUAAGCUACCUCAUAUAUAUGUAUUCACACACACACACACACACA